AGAAACGGGGCGGUUUCAUAGGAUGGUAGCAAACACUAAGCGAUAGCCGCUCGUAGUUGGUUGCGACAUUGUAUAACUGUUAGUUUCUCUGCAGGUUCGCGAUACUGCAAAACACAGUUUCCGACGAGUCAUGGGCGAAGUGACGGGAGCUCAGUUGAUUGCUGAGUCUUUAAAGGCUCAGCAGGUGCAGUACUUGUUCGGCAUAGUGGGUGUUCCCGUCAUUGAGGUGGCCAUGGCUGCUCAGGCCGAAGGGAUCAAAUAUGUGGGAAUGCGCAACGAGCAAGCGGCGUGUUAUGCAGCAUCUGCCGUCGGAUACCUCACGGGCAGACCGGCUGCCUGCCUGGUGGUGUCUGGGCCCGGACUCAUCCACGCCCUCGGUGGAAUGGCCAAUGCCAACGCCAACUGCUGGCCGGUGGUCGUUCUGGGCGGCUCCUCAGACAGAAACCAAGAAACCGCAGGAGCGUUUCAGGAGUUUCCUCAGGUGGAAGCAUGCCGCCUGUACAGCAAGUUCUCUGCAAGGCCCAGCAGCUUGGAAGCCAUCCCUUCUGUGAUUGAGAAGGCGGUUCGCACCAGCAUGUACGGGCGCCCAGGUGCUUGUUAUGUGGACAUAGCCGGGGACAUGGUGAAUGCAAAAGUGGACAGGAGCAAAGUCAGACUUGUGUCCUGUUGUCCCCCACCACCGGUGAGCUUGGCGAACAAUAGUGACGUCACCAAAGCCAUCUCAGUGUUGAAAGCAGCUAAAAGACCCUUAGUCGUCAUUGGCAAAGGUGCAGCCUAUGGUCGAGCAGAAGUUGCCCUUAGGAAGUUUGUGGAAAGAAGCGGCUUGCCGUUCCUGCCCACGCCCAUGGGCAAGGGAGUGCUGCCCGAUGACCACCCCAACUGUGUGGCUGCUGCACGCUCCAGAGCGCUUCUCCAGGCUGAUGUCCUGCUUUUACUUGGAGCCAGACUCAAUUGGAUUCUGCAUUUUGGUCUUCCACCUAGAUUUCACCCCGAUGUUAAAGUCAUUCAGGUCGACCUUUGUGCUGAGGAGAUGGGGAAUAAUGUGAGGCCUGCUGUUGCUCUCCUGGGAGACGUCAAUGCUAUUGUCACUCAGCUGCUGGACGGCGUCCAUAGAGACGGCUGGAAAUAUCUCCCUGACACAGAGUGGUGGAGCACACUGAAGGACAAGAUCAAUGCUAAUGCAAAAAUAUCUAAGUCACUGGCUCUGCAGUCAAAGUUGCCAAUGAACUACUACACAGUGUUUCACCACGUGUCCCAGCUGCUGCCCCAUGACUGCAUCAUUAUCAGCGAGGGUGCGAACACCAUGGACAUAGGACGCACUAUGCUGAACAACUACCUACCUCGACACAGGUUGGACGCUGGAACGUUUGGAACGAUGGGAGUAGGCCUCGGUUUUGCCAUAGCAGCAGCUGUGAUGGAGAGGAGCGAGAACAAAGGCCGGCGGGUUGUCUGUGUGGAGGGAGACAGUGCCUUUGGCUUUUCUGGCAUGGAGGUGGAAACCAUGUGCAGGUACAAUCUCCCUGUGGUCAUCAUCGUGGUCAAUAACAAUGGCAUAUACAGCGGUGUGGAUCCAGAGACUUGGAAAGAAAUGGCAAAAAUGGGAGACUUGACCUCCAUAGCUCCUCCUGUGACCCUCCUACCUGAGGCACGCUACGAUAAGAUCAUGGAAGCGCUGGGCGGCCGAGGCUUUCUGGUGAGGACCGUUGAGGAGCUGCACAGCGCCUUACGUCUGAGCUUGAGUGACUGGGACCGACCAAGUCUGCUGAAUGUGCUGAUUGACCCCUCCUCCGACAGAAAGCAGCAGGAGUUUCCUUGGCUCACACGCUCGAACUUGUAGAGAUGAACAUUUCAUCCUUUGUCCAGAACGCUAUCGGAGCUCCAGGAACAUUUUCUUCACAAAACUGGAAAAUAUAACUGUGUUUUCCACAAAAUGAAUGAUACACUUUUUAAAUAAUUGUUAAUAGACAUCAAUAUUAAAUUUAUUACCUCAAUUGAAACAUGUUUGCACAUACUGUGAUAAUGCAAAGGCAUUUUUCUUAUAACAAAUCAGUAAACUAAUAUUUUCAUAAUC